UGAUGUUGAUGAUGAUGAUGAUGAUGAUGGACUGCUGAGGAAGAGCAGACCCCCCCCCCUCGUCUCUCUCCGCACACAGAAGCGGACGUUGCGGAACAAAGGCUGGUUGUGUCUCGUCGGUGUCCGGUGUCAUCAGUAGCCGAGCAAGAGCGCGCACAGGCGGCCAGCUGCUGCGGAGGGAGUCGGUGUCCUGCUGGAGCUUCUCUGGCUCAGAUGAUGGAUUCCUCCACAAAUCUAUUCGAUGGCUCGGCCACUCAGACGUUUGCGCCUCCUCACUGCCCCACUGGUCAACGCCCUGCACCUUCCACCUUUAGACCUACUGGCUUCCCUCUCAUCCACCACCUGGUGCAGCCUGGAGGGUCCCUCCGGAGGAUCGGGGCACAGGUCUCCGAAACAAACCUCAAUAAGCUAUACCUGGAUGAGGAUGGAGGAGCACCAGAUGGGCUAACGGGGGAGGCCACUGAGGGAGGAGAGAAGCAGGGAGAGGAGAGCAUAUUGAGGCCUGAAAAACGAUGUCAUGAUGCCACACCGGUGCCAGAUAUCGCGAGAGUGAAGAGGACGAAGUUCCAACAGAAAGAUGGGGAGCUGGAGGAGGGAGGCAGGAAUCGAGAGAGAGGGCGGCAGAGAAAGAGAAGAGAGAAGGAAGAGCUUAAAGAACAGCUGGAAGAAGCAAGGGAACGUUUGCAAGCACUGCAGGAGAAGGUUUGGAGGGCUUUUGGAGAGAAGAACAUGGCAAAGGAGGGAAGGAAGAGAGGCAGGACUGAAGAAAAGGAUGUUGGCAUACCAGAGGAUGAGGAUGGUGCUGAUAGGGCAUAUGAUGAAGAUGACGAGGAGAUUGAAAAGGAGGCAUUUGCUCUGUUGUCUCCUUUUGAGAACUUUGGAGGACAAAAAGAAGAGCAACAACAGAAGGAGAAGGGCAGCGAGGGAGGAAGAGGAGAGCUGCAGGUGGAGGGUGUGAUAGAAGGGUUGUGGCUGGACUGUGGCGGCCUCGUGAGGAGAGAAUGGGAUGGGUUGGUUGAGGAGGAAGGGGAGGAUGAAGGAGGGCAGAAGUUUGCUGAGGCCCUGAAGGAGGAGCUGGGUGGUGCUGUGGCCAGAGUCAUUGACCGGGUGCUGCGUUUGUACACCGAAACUAGCGAGCUGAAGCCAUCCUCACCACCUGCUGCCAUCUCCUUCCUAACUCCAACCACUGGAGGUGAUGAAGGGAGGGAACAGGAGGUGUGGAGGGGGCUGCUCCUCAAAGGAGGAGAGGAGACACAGGAAGCAGAAGGAGAGAAGAGACAAAAAGCAUCUGAUGGUUUGCCUCCUAGUCAUCGCACAGACAAAUCCGAUGAGUCAAUGCAGAAGUCACCUGACUUACGAAAGUGCCACCCAUUCCUGGGACCGCCUCCUCUGCCACACCCUGUGCUUGUUCCGCCUCACCCAAAGGACUCCUCAACCUUUCAACCUUCCUCAUCCUCAUCUACUUCCUCCUCUUCUUUCCCGGCUCCUCCACCACCACCUCCUCCUCCACCUCCCCCACUUCCCCUCCCUCUGCUCCACUACUCCAUGCAGCAGCUUUUCUCCCGCUCCAUCCAUCCACCGCCACUCCCUCACCUGCCACCGACGCGUAGCUCUGACACCUUUUUGGAGUUUUCAUCUCAUCCCUCCUUUGCACCCCUCUCCCUGCUCGGUCACCUGGACCCCACAGUGGCAUGCAGAGACAGGGAGAGGGGGAUGAGAGGCGACGGCGGGAUGAGGGCAGGUAUAGAUGGAGAUCUUUACCUGGCUGGUGGAAUUCACGAGGGUCUGUCCCCUUGUCACCUGAAGAAAGCCAAGCUCAUGUUCUUCUACACCCGAUACCCAAGCUCCAACACACUCAAGACUUUUUUCCCUGAUGUCAAGUUUAAUCGCUGCGUCACAUCUCAGAUGAUCAAGUGGUUCAGCAACUUCAGAGAAUUCUUCUACAUCCAGAUGGAGAGAUUUGCUCGGCAGGCGGUUCGGGAGGCCCUAAACAGAGAUGGAGCUCCCCGGCUGGCGAGGGACAGUCAGUUGCGUGUCAACAGAGAUUCAGAGCUCUACCGUAUCCUGAAUAUGCACUAUAACAAGAGCAACAUCUAUCAGGUUCCGGACAGGUUCAUGGAAGUGGCUGAAGUAGCACUAAGGGAGUUCUACUCAGCCAUCUGGACAGGAAGAGACAGCGACCCCUGCUGGAAGAAGGGGAUCUAUAAGAUUAUCUGCAAGCUGGACAGUCCAGUACCAGACACGUUCAGGUUGCCAGGCUGCCCGGUGGGAUGAUAAUGUCAUAGUCAUUCCAAAAAGAAGAAGAUUUACAUGUCAAAACACAUGUUCACUUCAGAAUAACAUGAGUAACACACUCGGGAGCUUAAAUGAGAAACUAUCAAUCAAUCAGGCUGGGCUUGAUGCUGUGGUUACCAUAGCAACCAUGCAGACCACCAUAUUGAUGUGUUACUUAAAAUGUCGUAUUAUUUCAUGUUUUACAUUUUUUUUAUUAUUCACUUUUUCUAACAUGUAAUUGUUGACACUGUUCCCUUUAAUUUGUAAUUGAAUCUUUUGUUUUCCAGUUGUGUAUCGCAGCUCAGUAUUUACUUCAUUGCUGUUAAUUCUUGAUAUUUUUGUAAAUGAUACAACAAAUUGAAAAAUAUAUUACAAAAAACGGAGUAAGAUGAAUGUUUCGUUAUUAUUGUAAAUAUGUGAAUCUGUGAGUGUCAUUGCAUAUAGUGCUUCAUGCUCGCAGAUUUGCUGCUGCUGUGUGUUUGUGUGCAAGCAUGCAUCCGUGUGUGUUCCAUUUUAAGCAUUUGUAAAAUGUUUUACUUGAUCUUCGAUGUUUUAUCAGUGAAUAAA